AAAAAAAAGGUGAGAGAGAGAGCAAAGGCCGAGGAGCAUUUCUCAUUCUCUCUCCCUGUCUGUCUCUCCGAGAAGGACACAAAUCAUCAAUCCGCCACCACACCCAUCACUCUCACUCCUCCCCCCCCCCUCCAUUCCCUGGAGAUCCUCCGGAAGCUCAGCUCAGCUCAGCUCCGCUCCUUCAAGAUCCCGACAGCUCGAUAAGGCGAGAGACCCCACGGUCUCCACCGCCCAAUGGAGGAGAAGCUGAUUCAAAGGCUAGAGGCGGCGGUCGCCCGCCUCGAGGCCGUUUCCGCCACCAGGGGCCUGCCCUCCGAUGACCUGGAUGCCGGGUCCUCGGAUCCCUCCAUCCUGGCGUUCGACGAUCUGAUUGCUCAGUGCGUGGGAAAGGUUUCCAGCGCCGCGGAGAACAUCGGCGGCCAGGUCCUGGACGCGACGAAGAUCCUCCGCGAGGCUUUCUCCGCUCAGCGGGAGCUCCUCAUCAAAAUCAAGCAGACGCAGAAACCUGACCUUGAGGGAUUGGGUCAGUUUCUUAUGCCACUGAAUGAAGUGAUAAUGCAAGCAAGUGCAUUGACAGAGGGCAGGCGAUCCGACUUUUUUAACCACUUGAAAGCUGUGGCAGACAGUCUCACAGCCUUGGCAUGGAUUGCAUACACUGGCAAGGAUUGUGGUAUGAGCAUGCCUAUCGCCCAUGUCGAAGAAAGUUGGCAGAUGGCCGAAUUUUACAACAACAAGGUAUUGGUGGAAUACAGAAACAAAGAGUCGAAUCAUGUUGAAUGGGCCAAGGCUCUAAAGGAACUCUAUUUACCUGGUUUGAGGGACUAUGUGAAGAGCUUUUACCCUCUGGGUCCUGUAUGGAGUGCUACCGGGAAACCAGCUACCUCUGCACCUGCAAAAGCUUUACCAAAAGCACCAGCGCCAGGUGCACCUGCCCCUCCACCUCCACCACCAGCUUCACUCUUCAGUUCUGAAUCUUCUCCCUCUUCAUCAUCUCGUCCCAAGGAAGGGAUGGCUGCUGUUUUCCAGGAAAUUAACUCUGGGAAGCCUGUGACAACUGGUUUGAGGAAGGUGACAGAUGAUAUGAAGACAAAGAAUCGAACAGAUAGAACUGGGGUUGUUGGUGUGAGUGAAAAGGGAGGUCGAACUAGUUCACCAGCUUUUUCAAAGGCUGGGCCCCCCAAAUUAGAGCUGCAGACAGGUCGCAAGUGGGUUGUUGAAAAUCACAUUGGAAGAAAGGAUUUGGUUAUUGAUGAUUGUGAUGCAAAGCAGUCGGUCUACAUAUUUGGAUGCAAGGAUUCAGUCCUGCAGAUUAAGGGAAAAGUUAACAACAUAACAGUUGACAAAUGCACCAAGACAGGGGUUGUCUUUGCGGAGGUUGUUGCUGCUUUUGAGAUCGUGAACUGCAAUCGUGUCGAGGUGCAAUGCCAGGGUUCAGCUCCUACAAUAUCAGUGGAUAACACAUCUGGCUGUCAACUGUAUUUGAGCAAAGAUUCACUGGAUUCAUCAAUAACGACAGCCAAAUCAAGUGAGAUCAAUGUUUUGGUACCCGGUGCUGAACCUGAUGGUGACUUGGUAGAGCAUGCUUUGCCACAGCAGUAUGUCCACACAUUUAAAGAUGGACACUUCACGACGUCUCCAGUUUCCCACUCCGGUGGUUAAAUGAAGCUGCUGUCGAUUACUUUCACGUGCUGUCCUAGAAUAUCGACCGAUUCCAUUGGUUCUGGAGUAUGAUGGUGGAUCCUGUUUCUUUAUUUUUUGGGCAUAAUUUAUUUUCAGAUGAAAUUUUGUGGCUGCUUCAUGAUGUUACGCCACUUCCAGUUUCGAAGUAUGUCUUCAUUUGUUUGUAGAGCUUAUCCUACCUUGGCUUGAGUCUUCUGAACUGUAUCGGUUGUUUCAUAUUUACAACAAUGUUGUGCCGACACUAUAUUGUAAUCUUUCAUUUUGUUGAUCGAACGAUUGAAUGAGAUGAGGGUUUUAUUAAAUCUAUGCAAGUUUUCCAAGUUGCAUUUGA